UCUGUAAAUACAAGCUAAUAGAACCCUCCCCAAGUUACGAUGGCUACAUCACCAGUCCUGGUUAUCCAUCGACAUACUCAUCUGACCUUUGCAUCAUUUGGGUCUACUACGGCUGGCCAGGAUUACAGGUCACCAUCAGGUUUCAGGAUCUUGACAUCCCAAGCUUCUCUGAUGCCUGUUUGAAUGAUCAAUUGAGAAUCGGUCCAUUAAAUGAGCACACGUAUUGCAGCAGCGCCAACAGACAGAACUUUGGACCCUACACAGCACAAUUCAACAGCUCAAAUUAUUGGUUAUAUAUUGUUUUCAACAGCACUGAAUUUGGAACGAAAGGCAGAGGUUUUAAAAUAGAGUUUCAAUUUUGGGACGUCAGUGGCAUGCCAUCACUAACGGCAACAACAACCAUGGCUACCACAGCACCAGCAUUUUUGUUUUCAACAGAAGGAUUGAAGUCUAAUGAUGAACAUUUGUGUCAUUUUUUUCUCAUGAAUGAUGCGGGAUAUAUCAAGACCGAUGAAACAGUUCUUGAAUGUUUAACAACUACUGGUAAAGCUACGUGGCAGAUUUAUUACCCAAGUAUUGAUAGUAUUCAUUUUAAAUGUCAGAUUAUGUUUGAAAAGUGCAGUGUGCCUUAUCCUGACAAGUUGACUAUCUAUGAUGGCUAUUUGAAUGAGGCCAGCAUACUAGGGGAGUAUUCUGAAGGGUUGUGUCCUAAUUAUUUGAUAUCUACGACCAAUUCACUUGUCUUGGAGUAUUCUAGGAAGGAUGCUGCAACUUUGCCAAGUUUGAAAUUGCUGUUUAUGAAAAUUAAGGCUAACGUUGAUGACAGAAUUUCUACUUACGACACCACAAAGACAAGUCAGUAUGGAACCACAAGCACACCCUCGUACAGAUACAUUCCAUCACAAAAUCCUUUCGGCCAUUACUCCAACGAAUGUGCCUUUCGUCUCAGCAAUGAUUCAGGGGAGAUAAAUAGUGCUGAUAUUGCCGCUGUGGUUCAGAGAUCAGGUUUCUGUACCUGGCUUUUGAAUUUUGACGCAACAGAUGGCCAGAUUGUGACCUAUACUCUAAACUUUGAAAAGUUUCAUCUUUCUGCCGAAAGCACAUUUGUUGUUUAUGAUGGUUUUGAUAUGACAGCGCCAGUGCUUGGCAGUUAUUUGCCCUUGGCACCACAUCUGUCUCUCCUGUCAUCGCAGAGUAGUGUAUUUAUAUAUUUUAAUCCUGGGAUCAACGUGAACUUUGUGGGAGUGAAGGAUGUCUUUUCAGUCAAGUUUCAAGCCAAUAUUCAGUGUUCAGAGGAUUACUUGCCUUGUGGAUAUGAAGAGCUGGCAUGUUACAGAAACAAUCAGCGCUGUGAUAACAUUUGGGAUUGCCCACUCCAUGGAGGAGAUGAAAGAGGGUGUUUUAUUGAAUGCCCACAGGAAUUUAGCUGUGGCUUCACUACCUCAGCCUGCUACAGUGAGAAUGAAAGAUGUAAUGGGAAGGCUUUUUGUCAAAACAGUAUGGAUGAGCUGAACUGCAAUAAGGCACUGUGUUCAUUGGACAAAGGUCUGUUUCUGUGCAGAAAUGGGCGCUGUAUUUAUGAAAAUUUGCGAUGUGAUGACCUGAAUGACUGUCUGGACAACAGCGAUGAAGACAACUGUCCUGCUUUUCUGACUAGACGAAUUAUUAUUGCUGCUGUUGGUGCCUCCCUCGUCUGUGCCCUAAUGGUGGUCAUGUCCAUGGGUUGUGUUUGUAAGGUGUACCGCAUGCGUACCCGCCGUCUUCGUGAAAGCCAGCAUUAUGAGACUCCACUAUCUCAGCAUCUGUCAGAGAUGCUUCGUCAACGAGCACCUCCUCCUCCUCCUUAUCAUGAAGCUAUGCUGACCUCCCGACCUUACAGUGAGGCUGCUAACUUAGAAUUGCUUGGUUACAGUGAGCAGCAGGAAGGGUCAGGCUUCACCAACCCGGGCUAUCAUGAUGACAUUGUCCCAGCAGUGCCCAGUGAGCAGACUCGACACAUGACAACGGAAACACUGUAG